AUGGCCGUCGAAGACAAUUGUUCGAUGAACGGGGUUAACGGAGACGCCUCACAAGUUGACACCGUCGUGCCAAACGAGAACUUAGUAGACGAAGAGGUCGAGGAAACAACUUCAGAACAUCACCUUUCGAACGGGCGCAUGCAGUCUACGCCUGCUCCAGAUGCACUAAUGCAGGAGACAGAUAGAUCGAGGCCACAAUAUGCAGUGAAGUACAUUCUGAGCGGACACACUAUGGCAAUAUCCUCCCUCAAGUUCAGUCCAGACGGCACCAUGCUUGCUUCGUCAGCCGCCGACAAACUAGUAAAGCUGUGGGAUGCAUACUCAGGAGAGAUACUGAGAACUUUCGAAGGCCAUACUGAGGGUGUUAAUGAUGUCGCUUGGUCCAACGAUGGAGAAUUUCUUGCAUCCGCAUCAGACGAUAAGAGUGUUAUACUUUGGAGCUUAGAGACGAACUCUGCUGUGAAAACCCUACUGGGGCACACCAAUUUCGUCUUUUGUGUUAACUUCAACCCCCGAUCUAAUCUGAUGGUCACCGGGGGAUAUGACGAAACUGUUCGCGUCUGGGAUGUAGCAAGAGGGAAAUCCUUAAAGGUUCUUCCUGCCCACUCUGAUCCUGUGACUGCUGUCAGUUUCAAUCAUGACGGAACGCUCAUAGUAUCCUGUGCGAUGGAUGGACUAAUACGAAUUUGGGAUGCUGAUUCCGGACAGUGUUUGAAGACUAUCGUUGAUGACGAUAACCCCAUAUGUUCACACGUCAAAUUCUCUCCGAACUCGAAAUUCAUUCUAUCAGCAACUCAGGACUCGACAAUUAGGCUUUGGGACUACCAGAAGACACGUUGCGUCAAAACGUACACUGGUCACACUAACAGGACAUAUUGUCUAUUCACUUGCUUCAGCACCACGGGAGGAUUAUACGUGGUGAGCGGUAGCGAGGACGCAAAGAUAUAUAUAUGGGACUUGCAGAGUCGUGAAGUGCUACAGGUCCUCGAGGGCCACAGAGACGCUGUUUUAGCGAUUGCGGUAAGAAAAGCCUUGACACGAGCUUCACAAACUGAACUUACCGCUCAGACUCAUCCUGUUCGUAACAUCAUGGCUUCUGCUUCAAUGGAGAAAGACCUCACCAUCAGGCUGUGGUAUGAUGAAUGA